CAGGAUAUCCCGUCGAGCAUCUCAACCUACCCAUUGGAAAGCUCGAACAGAUAAGAGUCUGUCUUUUUGGUGAAUUUUGAGAGAAAUCACUGUUCAGUCUAGCUCAAUAUCCUCUCUUUUUUUUGGGGUAUCUAAGCUGGACUAUUUCCACUUCUUCAGCCUGGAGCUUGACAUUGAACAAUACAGCAUAUUCGCAGAGCUUUGAGCUUCCGACAACUCAUAACCUAGACCUACCACGAAAGAGUCGGCAUCCAAUUCCAAAGCACCUUUCAAUAACGCCUCCACAAUGGCGGACUCUGACGGAGAAUACAUUGACGAGGCGCUGUCCGACGACGACACCACUGCGCAGCAGGGCACUCGCGGCGGCGACUAUGGCACACGAUCAGCUUCGAAUCGCGCAAUUAAGCGUCGCAGAACAGACGGACGGGGCGGAGGCACACAGACGCAACCCAAGGCGCGGUGGGAGGACAUACAUCGAAGUUGGGAGCACGUUGUAGAGGGCGCAGACGGCAGUAUAAGCAGUACAGUUGAGGGCUUAUUGGAGGCAGGAAAGCGAAAGAGAUUACUUCGCGAUACUACACCACUUCAACGAGGCAUCAUCCGACAUAUGAUUCUUGUACUCGACCUGAGCGAGUCCAUGGCAGAAAAAGAUCUCCGGCCAACGCGAUACCUCCUCACACUGCGUUACGCGCACGAGUUUGUGACUGAAUUUUUUGAGCAGAAUCCCAUCAGCCAGCUGGGUGUCAUUGGCAUGAAGGACGGACUGGCAGUCAGAAUCAGUGAUAUGAGCGGGAAUCCCAGCGACCAUAUCAGCGCCAUUGAGGGAUUACGGCCGCAAGAUCCAAAGGGGGACCCGAGUCUACAAAACGCGCUGGAUAUGGCCCGAGCUGCUUUAUUCCACGCCCCGAGCCACGGCACGCGCGAAGUGCUCAUCAUCUUCGGCGCACUGUAUUCGUCCGACCCAGGGGAUAUCCGGGACACAAUCAAGAGCAUCAUCGCCGACAAGAUUCGGGUCAGCAUCGUGGGUCUGGCCGCCCAGGUGGCUAUAUGUCAGGAGAUAUGCUCCAAGACCAACGGGGGCGACGACACCGUGUACGGCGUUGCUCUCAACGAGCAGCAUUUCCGCGAACUCUUCUUCGAGAGCACCACUCCGCCCGUCACGCGGUCCGCCAAACAAGCCGCUUCUUCACUACUGCAAAUGGGCUUUCCCUCGCGCAUCGUCGAGCAAUCGCCCUCGCUGUGCGCGUGUCAUUCCCAGCUUACCCGCGGCGGAUACCUCUGCUCGCGGUGUCAGAGCAAAGUGUGUUCUCUACCGACCGAAUGUCCGGCGUGUGGACUUACCCUGAUUCUGUCUACGCAUCUGGCACGGUCAUAUCAUCAUCUGUUUCCCUUGCGUAAUUGGCAUGAUGUCAGUUGGGAAGACGCGCGGAAAAGUAAAUCUACCCAUUGUUUUGCAUGUCAGGUCCCUUUUCCGCCUAUACCAGACGGUGGUGGGGGUGGGAAGGGUGUAGACGGUGUUUCUUCCGGCGAGGGUGUAUCUUCAAACAUAAAAUCAAAACCAGGCGCAGGCUCAGGAUCAGCACCCCCCAUUUCUCUCGCCGCUCCCGCCACGGGCGGCGCUACAGCGGGCCUCACGUCCCGCUACGAGUGCGAGGUAUGCAAGCAUCACUUCUGCAUCGAGUGCGACUUGUUUGCGCAUGAAGUCGUGCAUAAUUGUCCGGGCUGCCAGAGCGGUGCUCCUAUAGAUGAUGGCGGUGGUGCAGUCAACGGUCAGGUCGGUCAGCAUGCAACAGACGGUAACGGUAGUGGUAAUGGUAAUGGUAAUAGUAAUGGUAAUGAUAUGGAUUUAAGUUGAUUUUACCCUUUUUCACAUUAUCCUUACUCUUCAUCCAUGUCCUUUAUCUUUUAUCCUUUACUCUUUUUUUUUUAUCCUAUCACUGUAUCACUGUACCACUUUCACCUUCACAAUAUCUCUGUCCUUUGGCAUUGACCGUCCAGCCUGUAUCUUUUUACCCUUUAU